CUCAGAGCCAUCAAAAGCAUGGUACGAGAUUUGGUCCUUUUUGAAGUCCAUGGUCAACGGCAAUAAAAUCAAGGCAGUAGGUUGUAAUUCACUUUAAAAUAGCAAACAAGGCUCGAGAACAGCGAAUGGCGACGAAAAACAAUAAGAAAAGAUGCAUAUCUGCCGUAGACCCCGCGAUACAUCGCAAGAUGGGGCGCAAAAUGGAUGUAUUGUACCAAAGUAGUGGCAAGGAGUUAGGUUGCUCUGAAAUCGGCAAGGACGAGGACCAGACCAAGGAGAUGAAAGAUAGACUGUCGAAGAUGUCAAUUGUCAUGCAUACCAUGCUUCUCCAGUUAGCAUCAUCAGAAAGCCUCCUUCGUCGAGUGCAUGUGCCUGGUUUCUUAUUAGCUGGUAUGUGCAUCCCCCCAAAUGCCGCCGUUCAUGAAGUCUAACAGUGAAACACUUCGGACGGUAAUUUUCUAGUAGGUGGCAAGGUUGCUCUGCUGGAUAUGGACUCGCCUGGUGGCUAUGUGGCAAGGAUUCGCCGCUCAAAGCCUCUUGAGUACCCGACCUGUAGCGAUGACUAUGUCUCCAGAAUUGUUCCGUUGAUGAAGCUUGCACUGACGGGUUUAGUGAUCAUGCAAAAAACCAGAGCAGACAUCGUUAACACGGAAGUGGAGCUCGAAUUGUCUUUGUCCUUACGAUGGAUGCUUACAGCAUCAUUUGUUCCUUUGACUUUCUUAUUAACAAAGUCAUCAACUGCAGCAUGCUCAUAGGCAGCAUCUGUUUCCUCUCUCCUUAGUUGCCCUCUAUUCUUUGCACCCUAUCCUGUGUCCUUUCCUACAUUUUUUCCUACUUUCUUUGUCUAAAAAAUAAAUUGAG